AAACAUCUUGUUGCUGCUAAAUGCGUUUGAUCUUUCUGAGGGGACGUUCACAGAGGGCAACUACGAUGAAGUUCUGCAGAAUCUCAACAGCACGAUCUCAGGGUCAGAGGUCAUUCAGGGGCUGGACCUCAGCACCUGCAACCUCAGGACCUUUCUUAGUGAAGGAGUGGAGGGAACCGGCCUUGCCUUUAUUGUGUUCACAGAGGCCAUCACAAAGAUGCCUGUUUCUCCUCUUUGGUCCGUUCUGUUUUUCAUCAUGCUCUUCUGCCUCGGGCUCUCCACCAUGUUUGGAAGUAUAGAGGGAGUCGUGGUCCCCCUGCAGGACCUACAAAUCUUUCCUAAGAACUGUCCUAAAGAGGUGCUCACAGGAGUCGUAUGCCUUGUGUCCUUCUCGAUUGCGCUCAUCUUUGCUCUGCCGUCUGGAAAUUACUGGUUAGCCCUCUUCGACAGCUUCGCAGGCUCCAUCCCGCUGCUCAUUAUCGCCUUCUGUGAGAUGACUGCCGUGGCCUACCUGUAUGGAAUGGACAGGUUUAACAAAGACAUUGAGUUCAUGAUUGGACACAAACCCAACAUCUUCUGGCAGGCGGCGUGGAGAGUGGUCAGCCCUUUGAUCGUUUUGGUCAUCUUUGUGUUUUACUUUGUCACCAAAGUCAACUCUGAACUCACAUACCUCACCUGGAAUCCAAACUCGGAAAACUUCCCCGUAUUGGAGGCGAUACCCUAUCCUAGCUGGGUCUACAUUAUCAUUUUCUUUUUGGCUGGACUUCCAGGUCUUUUUAUCCCAGGAUUUGCUUUAUACAAAUUAUUCCAAAGAUGCUGCUGCAAGAAAAACAUAAAUAUCCUUGAGCUCAACACUGUAUCAGCCAAAGUCAACAUGUAUGGCAAUCAAUAAACUGUCUUACAUUU